AGCAAGUGGUUGAAGAGGCAAAGACAAGAUCUGCCGACAGUUUUGGCAUCGUAAGUGCAAAUCAGGGACGGGCUCCUUCACUUAGCGAUUCCGAAGGAAGACCUUGUAUCUAAGUUUUUAGAAUCAAGCAUUGGUGCCUAUAUAAAACCUCGUGCAGAUGGCAAGCGAACUUUCCAAGCUCAUCGAAGAUCAACUUCAAAAGGUUGACGAAGAGAACCAACUCCCUUCUCCAACGGAGAAGCAGCGCCUUCUGUCCUCUUCUCUUCGCAUUAAGACAUCACCUGGGAAGAAGAACAGUAAGGGCAGCCCUGGCAUCGUAAAAUUGUCAAAGGAGCAGCCCUCACCACCUUCCAUUGCGGGUACAUCAGUGCCAGUACCAAGCGGGCACAGCUGGGUCACGGAUGGACAGGGAUUUCAGUGGACAAAGUGGCGCAUUGGUGUGGCGGUCUUCAUAGUUGUAGCCAUCGUCAUCGCCCUCGUUGUGGCAUUCUCACAUCCGAGCAGCAAAAUACAUCACACCGACGUUGCAGGAUUUUCGCAACGGAAUGAGGCAGCGACAGAGCCCUUGGUGGCAGGCUCCCCGGUCGGGAGCGAUUUGGGGGAAGCAGCAAAUGAGAAACAGAAAACAAAAUCGAUGCAGCAUCCCAUCGUGGAAGAGAAGGUGGCGGCAGCAGCGGAUCACAGCCUCUUGAAUUCACCGGAGCCAGAUUCGCUGCUGUCUGCGCCUGGGGCUGCUGGGGAGGUCGGCGCUGCAGAGGUGGGGCACCACAAGCACAUGCACAAGCAGCACCCAAAGAACCACGCGCACCCGGGGCAGCACCCUGCGCAUGCGCUGGCCCCGCACAAGCUCGCGCCAGCUCCCUUGCUGGCCGCUUCCCCCACGACCGGCGCAGCGCUGCCGCCAAGCAAUGUGCCGGCCAUGGGUCCUGAAGCUCUGGCGGCCUGGUUUGGAACGGUGGCCCCGUCAGCGGGCGACCCGGCGGCGGGGCCCCUCGCUGCGGCGGCGCCAGGGGGCGCAGACGCGGCGGACUCGGGGUGGUUCGGCCUGACGGCCGGCAUCCACCGUGCGGUGCCGGGCGUGGCAGGCAAUCCGCUGGACCUGCAGCAGCCGGCGACUGUCCAGGACAUGGUCCUUGCUGGCGCCAACGAAGCCUUUGACAAACUCCACGGCGGCGGCCAGCAGAUGGAGCAGCAGCCAGAGGAGGGACAGGGGAUUGCUGGGGUGGCGGGAUUCACAGCUGAGGAGGACAGUGAGGAGUGGGUGGGGGAGGAUGAUAUUGACAAGGAGGAUUUGGAGGUGGCUGGAGGCAUCACUGGUCAGGACAGUCUCAUUGACUACAAUGCAGGAUGAGGGCGCCUGACACAUGCAGGUGGUGAGAUAGGAGGUGCUCUGAACUGUCACACAACACAAGUCCAACAGUAAGAUGUGAUCAUGAGAGAGUGUUCAUAGGACCUACAGCAGAGAGGUGCCUUGUGUAUUGAUCAAUACUUCUGGGUCGUUGUACUGGUUUUUCCUGCAGUCCUCCAUUGCCGCGCAGGAAUGUAGCUCUACAGUGAGGGCGUACCAAGCUUGGCCAACACUGCCAAGCUAGCCGAUACUGUAACAUCUUUCAAUUUUUAAGUUUUACUCAGUCU